AUGGAAGCUGUGAAGGUAAUAAUUGAUGAAGCGAUUGCAAAGGAGCUGGAUUUAAGAAAUCUUCCUUUGUCCUCAAAUACAUUUUCUAUAGUAGAUUUAGGGUGUUCAAUUGGACCAAACACAUUCAUCGCCGUCCAAAAUAUACUAGAAGCUAUCAAACAAAUAUACCAAUCCCUCAGCCUUGAUUAUCAGAUUCCUGAAUUCUCAAUAUUCUUUAACGAUCAGACAUCAAAUGAUUUCAAUGCCCUCUUCGCUUCUGUCCCUCCGAAUCGGCAGUACUUUGCAGCGGCCACGCCGGGUUCUUUCCAAGGCCGGUUAUUCCCUGAAUUUGCUGUUCAUUUUUUUCAUUCAUCUAAUGCAAUUCACUGGCUUUCCAAGGUUCCCGAGGAGUUGAUGGACAGGGAAUCUUUGGCUUGGAACAAAGAAAGGGUUCAUUACACUAAUGCUAGACAGCAAGUUUAUGAUGCAUAUGCAUCCCGAUCAUUAAAUUAA